AUUUUCGUAUUGAGAAGCCAAAACACGCCACUUUUCUAAAAAAUUUCAAAUUUCUGUCACCAAACUUCGACAGCGACGCCCUCUGGUAAGCUCGACUUAAUCGAUUGGUUUUCCCCAAAAUUUUCACGUAAAGAUCGAUGCAAGAAAAACGGCUGAAAACUUGAUCUAAAUACGUAAGUGAGACGCUCCGUUUGUUUAUCUAAGUUUAUAGAUAAAGCGUCAAGGACAUUGGGUUUAAUUAAGCAAAGAUACGGUUACGUCUCGGCAUUUCUUCAAAUGCGCGGGACAGGAAACUAGGAUUACGGAACGCGUGCUUCCGCUUCCACAUGUGAUAUAACCGCCAUUUUGUUGAGCUUACGUGAUUAAAAAAUAUCAUCCAGGGGUAAAAUUCGGUUAUUAUUUGAUUUUUCUUGGGUAAUGUUGGUAAAUUAGUGUUUAUAUUUGGCUUACGUGACGUGGGUAACGAAUGCAAACAUUUCGAGUCGGGAAAAUGGCGACGUAAGGUUUCGUCCAUUUUAGCAGCCAUCAUCAGGUUAACACAAAAUCAAAAAUGGACGGUGACCUUAUAGAAAAGCUUUUGCAAACGUCGGGUUUAUCAUGUGAAGAUUUGCUUGUUAAACUUCAGCAAUACAAAUUAAAGCAAUCGAGCAAAUCACAGGAAAAUAAACAGGACGAAAACUUAGUUUGUGGAGAAAACGGCCGUGAACAGCAGUGCACUACAAAUAACGAUAAUUCUGUGAUAUUAGAAACCCAAAGUUCUACAGUAGAUAGUAGUAACGGUGCUAAUGACAUUACACCUGAAGAACACACAACAGAAGUCGCAGACAAACCAGUUGAAGAAAAAUCUGAAACUGAUCAUAAAGACGAAAACAGUUGUGAUAGUUCUUCUAUUCAGAAGGUAGAAUCUAGUAACGAAAUUCCGGAAAAGCCAUAUUUUGAAGACACUAAUAGUUGCAAGGCUGUAACUUUGGAAGAUGCAAAAAAGAAAGAAGGGAGCGAAGAAAUUCUUACACAAUCGCUUGAAGAAAAACAUGAAACAAGCGAUCAGAAUUUAAAAAUAGUGGAAAAUAGUGAAGCAGUUGUUGAAGUAGAGACAUUUAAUAAGGAUGAAGCGAGUUGCAGCAAGAACAGUAGUGAAGAAAUUGAGGAUAAGCAAGUUGAAGAAACAAUUAGAGAAAACAUUGUUGAACGACUACUUCGAAAAACAUCAGCGACACAUCAUAAAGACACUGAGAAAAGCGAUUUACUUGUGCAAGACUCAAAAGAUAGUUGUGAAGGAAUUGGGGUCAACAAGGAUUCAAAAGGAGAUAGUGGAGUUAACGAAAAUGCAAUUAAAGAAGAGAAUAAAAUGUUCAGUGAAGACUCGUCCAACAGUGCUGACAUACAUAAUUACAGUGAUCUUGUAAACAGUUUAGAAGAAGAUUCAGCUUCUUGUGCAAGUGGACUAUCCAAAUCAACCGUCGAUACUUCCGAAAGUAUUCCCAUGGCUCAGUCACAAAUGGCUAUCUCUACCGUUGAGGAACUCCCAAGAUCUGAAGAACAGUUAAGAGAUGUAAUAAAAAUGCAGCUCUCUUCGUUACGUAACAUGAAAAAAAGUAGUGGCUACCUCCCAGAUCUUAACAGGAAAUCGAUAUUUUUUCACAAUCUGAGAAAGAAACGAAAAUCGUGCGACGUAAAAACGAUUAAACCUGACACAGAACGUGAAAAUAAUGAAGAAGAGGGAAAGAUACUUGAAGAAAAUUGCAAGGAAACUGUAACUAAUGAUGAUUCUUUAGUGUCCUUGUCAGAUCAAACAGAUUUUCUUAUUCUUGAUGUCACUGGAGGAAUUGAUAGGUUAACUCCGGAGAUAAAUGAAAAUGAUAACGAAAAAACUGAAGAGCGAUGCUUUGCUGCUGUUAGUAGUAGUGGUGUUGAGGACGUGCCAAUUGAAAGUAAUACUGAGUUACCUACUGUAAAUAAUAUCGAAGAUGCUACGAAGAAUUACUCACCUAGUAAAGAAAUUAGAGACCUUCUUACAAGUUAUCGGAAAAAAAUGUCUUUAAAUUACUUCGACGCUAAUUUUUCUACACUGAAAGGUCACGACAAGUUCAAAAAAACGCAAGAUCAACACCAAAACAAGUCAAGUGAAGAUGAUAGUCCAGCUCCUGAAACUCCAAGCAAAGUAGUGCUCAUUUCAGUGAAGAAAAACAUUUCUGAAAACUUCAAUGAGGAUCCUGGAAUAAAAAGAUCCGUCAAAAAUAACGAAAAAUCCCCGUUUGUGAGCGACUCUUUGGAAGAUUUCCUAAAAAAUGAAAGUGCUCAGUUGAAAAUUAGUUACCCUAUCCCGAAAUUAGGAGCCGAAGAAGGAAUCAACGAAAGUACCAAAGAGAUCAGCCCUUUUGACAGCAUGGUCAAAGUGCAAAAAAUAGAACCGGUCAUAGAGAAGGAAACUCCCCAAAGAGAGCGUAAACUAAUCAAGGCAAAAACUUUGGCUGACAUGAGGAGACAAUUUGAGAAAUUAAACGCGAAGGAAGCGAAAAAACGAGAAAAAAAGGAAAUAAAGAGUGAGGGCCCAUAUGUUCCAUUUCACCGCAAUAGUCAUAUCAUUUACAAUAACAAGAAAUUGUGGGUGACUACUAAAACUAGCACUAGUUGCGCGGGUGUUAUCGGCUCAUCAAACAGUGAACAGUUCUCACCUCCAAGUAACAAAAAACUAUCACUUCUCUCAACAUUACACCAACGACCGAAGAGGAGUGUUAGUUACAAGCCUGGACCUCUCAGCAAGAAAUGUAAACUACAAGAUGCCUUCAGUCGGGAUAAGUGGACAACUGAACUGAAAGCUUUGCCCCAGAUUUACUUGGAGGUGACGCCACAGUUCAACAAACCGAUUGAUGCGGACGUGGUUCACUUGGUGCCAAUUUUUGAUGAUUGUGUCAUAACCGAGGAUAGAACAAAUUUCGCUUUGACGGCUUUGAAGACGGACAGCGAACCAAAGUCGUACACUUUCCCCAUCCCUUACAAAAACAACCAAACGCACCUAAUUGUACGAAAGAGAGUAGAACCAGUUGCGGCUACUACACCGGUUGCUGAAGCAGAUCCGGAAAAAAUUGUUGCAAGUGUGCUUAACGACCUUAUCAGUUAUGUCGAAGUCAAGGAAAUUGAAGACAGUUUAAUAAAGGAAGACGAUGUUGUUUUGGAAGAACCAGAACCGGUGCCUGACGGAACUCCCAAAUCUAGAGGUAGAGGGCGCAGGCUUAAGCGGAAUAAAGUCGACAUGGAACUACUUCGACUUAGUUGUAAAGUCAUCGAUGUCGCUACGAACGGAACCGAAGACAAGCCUUGUUCCAAAUCUUACUGUAAAAUGGGGUGUGUGUGCAGGAGUUUACUUUGUGAAAGCGUUUUUUCCGAUCAUUGCCAAAUGGUUGAUUGCAUGUUCGGAUGCAAGUGUCCUCCGAGUGAUACUUCAAGUAACUCACUGCAUGUUCACACCGUCAACCAUUUGGAAGAUAAAGCUAAGAAGAACUUGGCAAAACUGGAACGAGAAUUUACCCAAACUGUAAUUCACACUGACAAUGACACGAUUCUUGUUGGAUCAGGCAAAGUGAGAAGAUGCACAAAAACACCAAAGAAAUACACCGAUUAUAUUGGCGACGUGGACGAUGUUUUUGUAAAACCUGAACCCGACGUUGAAUACAAGAGGCCAAAAGUUAAGAAAUGUUCAGUGGUUUUGGAACGGCUGAAUUUGAGGAACAUUAAACCUCUUUGCCUCUUUCAUAGAAUGUACGAUUGUGGUAGAUGUGUUAACAGGUUACCACUUGUCGAUAAACCGUAUUGUUUUGUUCAUAAUGUAUUCAACUGUGCGUGUAACAAAGACACAAAUGUGAGGAAAACUAAUUACGAAGUCGUCAAAUAUAAGACGGGUGAAAGUUGUGCACGAAUCCGUAAAGUUUUUUCACAGUAUAAAGAGCGGAAUAAAGAUCCUAUAUACAAUGCAAAGUUGCGAAAGAAGAAUCCAUAUUCUUUCCUUCCGCAAGUCAUGAAAGAGACUGAGGUGGCAAGUAAACCAACAUUAAUACAAUUUCAAAGUAAGCAAGGAAGUAAGCGCAAACAGUCUUUUGUUGUUCGUGAGGAGGAACCAGUCGAUCCAGGAAAAGAAACAGUCCUGUCCUAUCGAGAUAAUCAAACUGAUGAAGACAGGGAGAUACAAGUUGUUUCUCCAAAUAAAGAAUUUCAUUUCGUUUCUCCAGAUGACCUUCAAGCCGUUUCCCCGGAUAAAGAAUUUGUCCUUCAGAGGCGGAGGAAAAAGAAGCUAGUAAUGGAAACACAGUUUCAGAAAGCAAAUAAUGGUAUUUUCGACGGAGAAAUCAAACUUUCCCUCAAAGAAAACCAAUGCUUGAUACCUUUUGUCCACAACCAACCUUCCUUAGAGUACCUCCGAAUUUUACCAUGGACAAACUUGAUUAAAAACUACAACACCCGCAAAAUGUCCAUUUGGGCGAAGGAAAGUGGAACAACGAUUCUCUGCAACGCUGCCGGUUAUCUCCCACCGAGAAACUUCGUCAACAUUAGAAGAUUAAAACAUAAAUCGGAAUUUAUCAACUGGAUCGUCUCAAACACCUUACCGGACGACAUACCUCGCCACCUUAUGCACGUCAUAUUAUCGCCAAGGAAGAACCACUACAUGAUUUCCGGUUACUGCUUAAAGAAAGCUGAAGAUUUGUCCGCUAGACAUGGAGCAAGAGAGACACAAGCUUCUACCAGUUUUGAGAAUCUCCUAACAAAUGUGGACAGCUACGAAACCAAUUGUAGCAAAACGGACGAUCUUAGUCUAAACUCCCUUCUUAAAAAUCACAGCACGUUUAAGUUUUCGCGACUGUAUAAGUCGGUGUUACUGAAACCGAAGUCGAAACCUGUGGUAAAGCUCAAGACAGCUACUACGUCCAUAAAACCAGUGUCAGGGGGCGCAAUGGAAGUGAACGUGCUCCCACUUCCAAGACGGUCCUCACACCGGGACACUGAGACUAUUGAAAUUGAUUGUGGCUCUACUUCGCAAGAUGGGGUUUCGAAACCAGCGAGUGAUGUUUACGAUUUGGACGAAGUCACUUCGCGACUACCAAAAAAAUUGUCCGACGAUACGAACUCAAGUGCUCUAGUGCCGGAGAGAACUUUGAAAUGCACACACAAAGACAUGCACAACCAUAAGAAGACUCUUGUUUUGACCAUCAAAGAGGUGCCCAAACGUCGGAUUUACUUCGAUAAAGACAGUCCGGGGGAUGAUUUCAUUGUGCCACUGCCAAGAGUUCAUAAGUUUUGUCGGUGGAGGAUGAUUUAUCUGAAUUCCGACUUCAGUUACCUCAACUUUACCAAAUCAAACUACUCCAUUAAAUACACAGAUUUGUUGGAUGUUGUGAAAAUGGCAAGUACGGUGAGAUCAACGAUAACGCUUCGCAAUCAGGAGAUCCGACAGUUUUAUAAAACUUACACGUUUGGGAUUUUUUGCGUUCCUGACCACCAAGACCGCAUCUUUGUGGGUCCUUACCUCAAAACAGAGAACCACAAUGUUGAAACGUUGAGGUAUUUACAAGGGAAGUUGAUCGACACUGAGACGUUCAAUAAGAUAAUUGGGAAGAAAUUUAACGAACGAAGCCCUGUCUGGCUUUAUGAAACGCUACCUCGUAACAGCAUACCCGACGGACUUGUGAUAGACAUAACUGAAGACGAUGAGGUCCCUAAUGACGUUUCAUCAGAACCCUCAUCCCGGAAUCUGCUUUGUCCACCGUUCGUUACAGCAUUAAGUGACGAAGAGUUGAAGGCGAAGCACAGUAUUAACAGAUACAUCGUUACUAAUAUCCCUUACUUGGGAUAUUUCGGUGCUUGCCAGCGCGACAGCAAAGAAAUUGAGGUCUUUUGGCCCAACAAUACAAGAGGUUACCGGUUUCCAAACGUGACUCUUGCCAAAAAUUUGUUAAUACACUACUUGUCCCAAAUUUUCUGCCCCAUCCCCCAAACGUUUAAAAUCAAUGUUAUAAUAAUGACGCAGCUAGACCUAAAGACAAACACGCCGGUCAAAGCCAGAUAUUUGACCGAACCUGGACCCUUUUUCUGCGGCGAGUUUGGUAUCUACGAGAAGGAGAGUGUUCCCGAAGACCUGCUCCAAGAGUGUAACGUGCCGUCGCUCGACUCACUUUUACAAACGUAUAAAGAAUCUCUAGAAAAUGACGAAUCAAUUGUCAAGUUGUUCGGUUUGUUCCUAAUGUCGAACGAGGAGUUGCGGAAGUUCCCUGAGCCCCAACAAAUCAUACAAUGGGCGCGGACCGAGAUUUACAUCCAGGAGAAACUCUCCGAUAAUUACGAAUCGGAAAAAAGCGAUUUAAAAUCGAUGAUUAGCAGCAAAAUGCAACGAAUAAAACUGUUGCGGAGAGGAAUAAGAGACGAUCAAAUGAGCAGUAAAGUGUCGGAAACUAUCGAGAUUCCGGAUUCCGAUGAUGAAGAUCGCCACGUGUCUAAAGUAUUCGUAAUGCAAUCGGCACAAAAAGGAAAAAGUUUUGUGCUGAAACAGAAUAUAUCAGUACUCAAAGAGAAAGACGCCAAACAAUCGCCAGUGAAAAACCUCGGAAUGCCAGUUGUAAAGAAAGUUAUUUGAUAAUCCAAUAUUGUUACUUAUUGUUGUAAAGAAGCUACCUAAUUAAUUAUCCACACCCACAUUGACAAUGAUUUAAGUGAUCGAAGACUGGAACUGGAUGUUUGUGUUAUUAAUUUUUAUAUAUUAGUUUUCUUGUAUUUGUAACGUGGGAAGACCCUGCAAUAAUGUGAUUAUUAGUGUUUAGUUUCAUUGAAUAAAUUUGUUUACGAGCAAA